AAUUACUUAAAAAUAAUAGUUUCAUGGAUUCAAUAAGAGGAGGAAAGGGGGGGGGGGUCUGUUUUAAGACUUCCCACAGUUUCCUUGGCACGCCUUGCACCACAGACCAGGUGGGUGGCCCUCCGCAGAUUGAUACAGUGCACCUAUUAUUUGGAAAUGGAUUACGUCUUCUUAAGAGUGACCUCUUUCACUGUGUGCCAAACCAUGGAGCGAGGAGGAAUGCUGGCAGAAACGCCAAAGACGUAAAAAAAAAAAAAAAAUCAAAAAAGAAAAAGAAAUCAGUUUUAUGAGAUGUACCUGCCUAAACCUUCCAAACUCACCUGCUGUGCACAUGCUUUACAUAAAAAGUGUUUUUUAUUAACAAAAACCUUUUUUGCUAUUAAUUGUUCUUUUGACUGUUUGAGGAAGGAAUUCGACACUUAUUUUUCUAGCAGCCUUCCAAAAAUGUUAAAUAUUGCCACACAUCUCCUAUAAGAGCUAUUAAAAGAGUCUAGUCAAGCAGUUUCACUUAUGUUUAAAAGGAAGUUUCUUUUUAUUGAAGUUACUUUGUUAAAUAGUUUAAACCACUUGUUAAAAAUUGAACUCGAUUUAAGCAAAAUCGAUGACGUUAGGAGUUCAGUUUAGUAUAAAACAUGCAUUUGAGGCUCAGUUGACCUCAUUAUCUGGAUCAGUCUCUGUUUUUUAUGAUCAUUUUUCAACUAUGAAGGCUAGUUUUCCUCUUGAUGAAGAUGCAGUGCGCAUCAGAGAAGAGGAAGAGGAGGACGCCUGUUAGGGGGAGGCUUAAAAACUUCAACGUGCAGACAGAUUUUUGUGAAUGAAGGAGGAAUCAGGGGGGCGGGGGGCGGUCAGUCAUUCAGACAGGCGCUCAGAUCACCUGCUGGGGCCCUGCUGCUCUCAGGACCAUGACCCUGGACCGUAGACCCAUGGAUGAGACCGACGUCGACGCGGAAGCUGCGACGGACUGCCGGGGAGAUGGCAGAGAAGAGACUCGCGCAGACGCGGAGCGGCGCGCAACCUCUCCAGGAGUCCGCGCGCAGGACGCUCCGGGCAGGAGAGGCGCUUCCAAGCCUCCUUACUCAUACAUCGCUCUGAUUACCAUGGCAAUCCUCCAGAGCCCAAAGAAGAAACUCACCCUAGGUGAGAUUUGUGAGUUUAUCAGCCAGCGCUUUGUGUAUUACCAGGAGAGGUUUCCCGCGUGGCAAAACUCCAUCCGUCACAACCUGUCCUUAAACGACUGCUUCAUCAAAAUGCCCCGGGAGCCCGGGAAUCCUGGAAAAGGGAAUUACUGGACCCUGGAUCCAAUGUCCGCCGACAUGUUCGAAAAUGGGAGCUUUCUCCGCAGGAGGAAACGCUUCAAGAGGCAUCAGUUCAGUUUGGGAGCGCUGAAGGAGCAGUGGGCGCAGGAGCGCAGGCUGGCGCCAGCCUCUCCUCCAGGAGCGAACGCGUUUGCUUCCUGUCUCGGCAGGCCAGACUUCAGGCGGGAUGCAGCAGCUGGCCCGGGGUCCCAGGUGGGCCCCAGCAUCCCAGUCGUGAGCAGCAUCAUUCCAGCGCUCUCCUCUCUCUUCUCCGGGAAUUCUCCGUCGCUGCUCAUGUUUGAACAUCUGGACUCGGGACGCUGCGUGUCCGUGCCGCCUUUUGCUCCAAACUCCCCGUUCCUGCCCUCUGCCGCGCUGCCCAGCGUGAUGCCCAGCACCCCCCUGUCAUACUUUCCUCUUCUACCUGCUGGGAUUACGAACAUUUCAUCUAAUCUCAUCUAAAAUGGUUGAUUUUAUAUUGGAGAAAAGAGCAAAAAAGCAAAAAGUGAACGUUUUAAAAGUUUUUUUGAUCAUGUUUGUAUAAUAUAUUUUCAGUUGGAAUUUGUUUAAUAAUAAUACCAUUUUAGUGUCAAUGAAAUUUGAAUUUACGAAUGAAAUGUUUUCAUUUACUUCUUGUUGAUUGCUUCAAAGAUUUUAAUCUUUCUUUCAAUUUUAAAAACGAAUUUAAUAAAUGUGCAAACACUUAAUACAAAGUUAAAAAAAAGGUUAGAAUUGGGGAAAAAAAAGAAAAUAUAGUUUCAUUAAAAUCUAUUAAGAUUUGCAUCUUAAAGUGGUUUAGAAAAACUUCCUAAAAUGCAUAAAACUUUUUUAUGGAGAUGCAAAGAAUUUAAAAUAAAACAGAUUUGCUUAAAGUGUUUAAUACUUCAAAUCCUCUUUAUUUUGUUUGAAAAAGUGCCUGAUGGAAUAAAAAACAAACAGAUGAAAGCAGACGUUCUUUUUGCUCCGCAGACUGCAGCAUUAAUCAAACAUGCAAAUUUGAUCAUCUCAGGUUCAAACUUUUUUACGAUUCAGUCAGAUUUCUCAUUUUGUUUUUUUCUUUUUUUCUAAAGAAAGAGAUGGAUACUGAUUUAAAGGAGAGGUGAUGCACGGGGGUCUCAUGGGAGGACACAAUAAAAGCCAGGUAAAAAAUGUAUAACAAGCUUUGAAUGAUCUUCACUAUAUAAAGCAGAUGAGGAAGAGUGCAUGUCUGCAUUACCAUACAAAUGUUGCAGCAGAGGCUUCAGUUUAAGGCAAACACCCCAAAAGACCAGUGUCUACUUUAGAUCAUGUUUUUAAGUUUUAUGUACACUUCUUCCAGAUUAAUCGAGUUUUUAAAUAAGUGCAGCAAUCUCUUUCUGGAUUUAUAAGGUGGUUGUUCUUAGGGAAGAUUGUUUUCCCAGCAUGCUCUUUUUCAGCUUUCUUUAACAUUAUUUUAUGCAUACUCCUAAAAAAAACAACCUUUUAUGUUGGUAAAGUAUUGCUUUGCAAUAUCCCUUUGACAACAAAUGGAUAUUUGAGCAAAAUCUGUGAAAAAAAACUUCUCUGACAAGAGGAAAUCUUGUAACAACUGUUUUGACAAUUUGAUGAGAUAAUUUUCCUUUUUAAAUGAUAAUUUCCAUAUGAAUCUUGUGCUGCAAAAAUAUGAAGUUAUGAUUUCCUGAUGGAGUUUAUUAGUCUCACACAUCAUUGCACAUUCUUUCUUCAACACCGUUCUCUGAAGUGUUUUUUGCUCUCCCCAUGUGUCCUUGAACCACUGCAGGAAAACUCCAAAACCUUAUUUUCCUUUUCGAUCUGCUCUGCGCUAAAUUUGCUGCUGUGCCUUGGAUCAGUGUCUUGCAUGACUAAGCUGUAGCUGUUGGACAGACUGUCUCACAUUUGCUGCUAAAAUAUUCUGGUACGUUUCUGGUUCCAAGUACUGCCAAACAAGCCCACAUCAUGACCAAUCAUGCUUGUCAGUUGGUAAGAGGAAAUUUAGAAAACAAGUCCCGUUUUAAGCUAAUCUGUCCACAUGACGGAGGUCCAGAGGCACUGUGGCUUGUUCACAUGCAGCUCUGCAAACCUCUGCUUCCUUGUCUUCUGUGACAAUAGAGGCAUUUGCAUCACUGCUGUUUGAAAUAAACCAUCAUAUAAAGGGGUUUUAAACGUUUUAGUUCAUAAACUUUGUUUUAAAUAUUCCCAUUGAGGAUCUAAGAUGCAAUUCGCGAGCUCUGUCUUCUCUCUUUAUAGUUUUGGAAUUAUUUUACAAAUUGGCUUUGGAGCAAACUGGCCGAGAUUCUCAUCUUAUUAAAAUUUGUUAUUUUUGUACGAUAAAGUGUUGCAACAGCUGCUUCUUUUGGAUCAUUGCUCAUGUCUUUUUUUUUCAAGCUUUUGUGUUAAUAAAUACCUGAAAUUUCCAGCGGAGAAAACUGAACAAACUUGUGCUUUUCUCACUGUCUGGUGUUGAUCAGCCGAUCAAAGCUAUUGCAGUAAACCUCUUAAAUCUUA